AUGGAAACCAUGAGCUUUGGCCUUCCAGAAACUCAUUACGACUUGAGACCUAUACGGCCCCUUCCAAAGUUCUCCAGAGACAAUUGUUGCUGGCACGGUCUCUUCAGCGAAGCUGUUAUUUCCCAGGCCCCAGGGCUUGGACGCCAAACCACAAGCCGUGGAUUGGAGCUUGACUUUCUUCGUAUGCUCCAGCUUUCGGCAGUCGAAUAUCCUGUUUUCGUUGAAUCUGGUCUCAUACUUAUGGGUUAUUCAGCUGCCCUAGUCCCUAUCAAAGAAACAAAUGAUGGAAUGAUAUUAUGGCAUCUUGAAACCUCCCGUCACGAUUCACAAUUCAAAGUCUCCGACAUCAAAGCAACAAAUCGGAAAUGGCUGAAAGUCAAUAGCUUCGACUACUUGCAGUCAAAGAGGGCACUAAUAGGCUGGUGUUCUGAGGCAAAUAUCCUCCUGGGUACGGAUCGGCUCGCUCCCCGCGUUACUUGGUCCAAUGCGAAGGUGAAAGCAACCACAUGGCACUGGAAAGGGGCCAAUCUUCAAGUUCUUGCACAGUCUGCUGCUCCGCUGCAGAUGGGUGGACAAAUUGGAUUUUCCUUCGACCGAGUCCUUAACACUGUCCAAUUCAACCCCUCCGAGAAUUAUCUCAGAUGCUUAAGAAAUGGUGUCAUGGAACAUGUCGUACUCUAUGAUGUUGGUACAGAAAGGGCAUGGCUAGUUCCCUUAAUCUGUGUACUGCACCAUAUGCUCCUAGUUUACUCGGAGGGUAUUGAGAACGAGCAUCGCGUUAAUCAUGCACCAAAGGCUACCAUAUCGGGUCCUUCUGCGUCUUUCAUGACACUCAGUGAUAAAGGUAGCUUGGUCCUGGAACGCUCGGGGGAUGACUCGCUUACUAUUCGUGAGCUUAUCAUGGGUCUUUCGGCGAAUCUAUCGAAGGCAUCAUUGCACAAGCCAGCCCGUUCUGAAAUCUACGGAUAUGAGUUGAUGGAUGUCUUAAUGGGGUCUCCCAGGUCUGGCAUGGUCAUCUCUGCUGGAUGGAAUUAG